AUGCCCUCUCACUUGACCCGCGUCGUCUUCCGCAGCAUCAUCGCCAACGAGCCCCUUCUGUACCGAGGAUGCAGGCACCGAGCCCUGCGGCCCUGUGCCAUGACGCACCAUGCCGCUCGAGCGCUCCCGCAGUCGCACCGGAGGACCUUUUUCGGCGGCCUCUUCAAGUCUGAGCGCAAGAUCAAGAAGAUGGACAUGCCCACCGGCCUCGAGACCAUGAGCGAACUGUCGCAUGCGCAGCAGACUUCAGCACGGCCGCCAGCGCCCAAGGACAUUGCCGAGGCCUUGAAGAGCUUCUUUACAUCCAAGAAGGGAGCGUUUGAGGAUUUCCACGUCGGGCUCGCCCACAAUGCCUUCAAGUAUCUCUUGGAGAACCCAAAAGAGGGCGGAGAUCAAUGGUUCACAAAACGAGAGCUGUCUGCGCUUAUUGACGAGCUCGUACACUUCAGAAGACGUCCCGAGACCGGAGGAAAGCCACACGUUCAGUUUGGUUCGGCCCUGAUCGACCAGAUCACCAAGAUGGAAGACUCGGAGAUGGCUACUGGCGCUGCAGAGGCCACGUCCAAAGGCGCCAAAAUCAGCAAAGAGGACGAGUACGACUGUUUUAUCAGGCCGAAGUUUGUCCACCUGCUGGCUUUGUAUGGCGCGACAUCUCAGGCGAGAGAAAUUGCGAUACAGUUCUACAAUGACUACUCCACCAUACCGGAAAUCAAGAAGAAAAGCAGACGCUAUGUCUGGAACCAGGUCCUUGCUGGAGCCGCACGCGAGAAUAACACCGAUGAGAUGGCGAAAACCACUGAAUUGUUCAAUAAAAGCUCCGUGCCGCUAACAGACAUCACGCAGUCGGUGCUGGUGUCCUUUUUCUCCCGCAAGCAGCAGCUGGACAUGGCCAAGUUCUGGUACGCCCAGCCUAUCGUUACGGAGAGCGGCAAAGCCACCAACAUUCGAAGUGCUACCUAUACCGCCCUACUGAUAGGCUGUGCGCUUGGUGGCGAUCUGACGUUUGGCCAGGAAGUGGUUUCUGGUCUAACCAAGGGUAAAGUGCCUGACAAGAAGGGGUGGGACGCUAUCUUUCUCUGGUCAGCUGCUAUCGGCAAAGGCGUGGAUGAGGUAGAGCGGAUGAUGAAUGUCAUGGUGCGUCGCACUGAGGAGGCACAAUCGAAUGGCUCCGGAGUCCACGCUCAAUACCCGGAUGUCGAUACUAUCAACCUCCUGGUUGAGUUCGCCAUGUCAAAAUCAGAUCCAUACUCGGCUGAGCGCUACAUUGCUCUCGGAGAAAAACGAGGCAUAAUGCCCAAUGAGCACACCUAUACUAUGCAGAUGCAGUAUCGACUCUCUGUCAAGGACAUUGAUGGGGCUAGAGCAGCAUACUACAACUUACAGGGCGACUUCAAAGGCUCAGAGGCCAGCGUCGCAGCUAUCAACGAACUCAUCCAAGUCUUGUGCGAGUCGAAACAACAUCAUUAUGACGACAUCAUGGCGAUUGUGGACGACCUGCACGAGCGCAAAGCCAACUUUGCUCCAGAGACCGUUGCAAAACUGUGCCUUCUGCACCUCCGUCGUGUCGAAAUCCACGAUGCUAUGGAUCUGCUACAAGUACACGCUCAUCAGUACUCUCCGGCGCAAAGAGCGGUCAUCAGCAAGACCCUUUGUGCAUUCAUACUGGACGGAGAGACGAGCACGGCAGACGCCUGGGAUGCGUAUCAGAUCUUGCGGAAGACGUUCCCUGAGACGUCUCGCGACGACCGAAUAAAGCUCAUGAAUGAAUUCUUUGCGCGCAAACGCUCGGACAUGAGUUGCCAUGUCUACUUUCACAUGCGCAACCAUACUGCGGAAUCUCACCAGGCAAAUCGCGAUGUCUACAUCGCCGCUUUUACUGGCUUUGCACGCUGCACUGACGCCGAGUCGUUGGAGCUUGUCAACAACCAGCUCAAGCUUGACUUCAGGGUUGAGAUGGACACAAAGCUACGAAAUGCUCUUAUGUUUGCCCAUGCAGCGUGUGGAAACAACAAGAAAGCCCUCGAGUUCUGGAGAACAAUCUGCGAGUCCAAGGAGGGCCCUUCAUACAACAGCAUUGCCAUCGCGUUCCGCUCGUGUGAGGGAAUGCCAUGGGGCGACCAGCACGCUAAGUCCAUCUGGGCGCGGUUGAAGGAGCAGGACGUCGAGAUCGACAAGAAGAUCUUCACUGCCUACCUGUCAGCCAUUGCGCGCAACUUCUUGCACGAUGAGGCGCUCGCGCUCGUAGAGACUGUGGAAGAAGAGUUUGGUUACGCGCCAGAUUUCUACAUUCUCAGUAACUGGUACAACAUGACCACCAACAUCGAGAAGCAAGGAAAGGUCGAGGCCUGGAUCAAGGAGCGAUACCCCAGCGUGUGGGAAGAGAUGGAGGCCCUGGGCCAUUGGGUCACGAUGGACGGUUUCGGUUACAAGCAGUACAACAUCAACCGCGACCUCGACCCGUAG